GGAGCGCAACUCCCAACACCCAGCCAGCAGCCGGGGAGCGCAACUCCCAACACCCAGCCAGCAGCCGGGGAGCGCAACUCCCAACACCCAGCCAGCAGCCGGGGAGCGCAACUCCCAAUACCCAGCCAGCAGCCGGGGAGCGCAGCCAGCAGGCCAAGGCAGUGUGAGCAGUGUGCUCUCCCGAUGUGUGUGUGUGUGUGUGUAUAGAGAGAGGCUGCAGGCUCGGCCCUGGGUACAGUCACAGUCCGGAUACAUACUGUCCAUUCCCGGGAAGGGGAGCGGUUGGGCCCCCAGCUGCUGUUCCACAGCGAGCUCCAGGUCGAACCGGAUGUGAUCCACACAGGCGAUAAGCUCCUGCAUUGUGACCGGCUCCGAGUCCCCCAACACCGUCUACAAGCAUCAGCCUCGGCCUCCACAGCGCCAGCACCAGCACCAGCCUCACACAGAGAGAGAGCAGCCACACCGCGCAGGGCACGCCGGGAAGGGGGAGGCCCGGUGCACGCCGGGAACAGGAAGUGGCCAGGACAGAGCAUGGUGGGAGGAGAGUCCGUGAGUGUGUGUGUGUGUGAGAACAGGACGCGCUGUGCCAGUGAGUUAUACCGCGUUAUACCGAGUUAUACCGCGUUAUACCGCUCCCGUCCGCAGCCAUUCUGCAUGACACGGAUAUUAUCACCGAGCUGGAGCGGAUACACAAUGUCUGUUAAUAAGAGCUGGGCUAUUCAUACAGCGAAUUCACAGUGAACUUCAAAAGGGAUCCAACUGAAAGCUAUUCACUAUGAGGAAUCUUUCAGAUCGGCCAGUUUGACCUUAAAGGACCACUCUAGGCACCCAGACCACUUCAGCUUAAUGAGCAGUCUGGGUGCCAGGUCCAGCUAGGGUUAACCCUGCCUGCUGUAAACAUAGCAAUUUCAGAGAAACUGUAAUGUUUAUGUUAGGGUUAAUCCAGCCUCCAGUGGCUGUCUCAUUGACAGCCGCUAGAGGCGCUUCUCACAGUGAGAAGACGCCAGCGUCCAUAGGAAAGCGUUGUGAAUGCUUUCCUAUGGACUGGCUGAAUGCGCGCGCGGCUCCUGCAGCGCAUGCGCAUUCAGCCGAGGAGGAGGAGAGCUCCCAGCCCGGCGCUGGAGAAAGAGGUAAGUUUAACCCCUUCCUCUCCAUCCAGCCCGGCAGGAGGGGGACCCUCAGGGCACUAUAGUGCCAGGAAAAUGAAUAUGUUUUCCUGGCACUAUAUUGGGCCUUUAAAGUUUAACCCCUUAAGGACACGUGACAUGUCAUGAUUCUCUUUUAUUCCAGAAGUUUGGUCUUUAAGUUUUGGUUUUAAUUUCAGAGUAUAGUAAAUAACUCAGUGACAGAUUUCUUUAAUAUUUUUAUUUCAGUUUAUUAUUGGUACAAAAGAUUUAUUCAUUAUAACGUUAGCAAAAAAGUGAUGUCUUCAGGGCUUGACCUUGUAGGUGUUUUUCCCCAAGUUGCCCACUUUGCACUCUUUUUUAUUUAUAAAAGGUAAAAACGUCUGAUUGCUCAAACUUUGAGGGACACUAUAGUCACCCAGACCACUUCAGAUCAAUGAAGUAGUCUGGAUGCCAGAUCCCUCAGGUUUUAACCCUUCAGGUGCAAACACUGCUAUGUUUACAUUUGGGGUUAAGCCAGCCUCUAGUGGCUGUCUUCCGGACAGUCACUAGAGGCGCAUCUGCCACACUGGAGGCAUAUUAUGCCUCCAUCCCGCAGAGCGUCCAUAGGACCCUGAGGGUGAGGGUCCACCAAGGAUUAUAUAGUGUCAGGAAAACCACUUUGUUUUCCUGACACUAUAGUGAUCCUUUAAUACAAAGCAUAAAACAAUAAUAAGUGAGCAAUGUACUACUUAUUAUUACAUUCUGGCUUAUGUAUACAUGACUAUUCAACGGUCAGCUGGUAAUAAUUUUUUUAUAGUGACUUUCAACAUGCUGGCGGUCCAUGCAAACUUGGAGGAUGUUUCACUGAGCCAAACUCCAUAAAACUGCAGGUAGGUCAUCUAGUGGUUGUCUGGUAGACAGCCACUAUAGGGAGUCCUACCAUUGCAAUGUAAACAUUGCAGUUUCUCUAAAAUUGCAGGGUUAAAGCGGCACUGUCACUAUCUGGGGACUUUACAGAAUUUACAAAUGCCCCUGACAAUGACAUCAGGUGCAGGUGAAUGUGAGAUUUACAUCUGUACUCUUGCGUAAGCGUGAGAGUGCAUCAUUGAAGUCAAUGGAGACAAGAGUUUGAAAGUUAUCCCGUAACCUUCAAGUUUAUAGUCCGUGCCACUGCAAUAAAUACAUUGUAGCCAAUAAAGCUAUUUACCCAUGGAUAUACUGGUUAGCAGAUAAUUCAGAACCAUUUAUAAAUCACAGAACAAAAAAAACAUGCAAAUCAACAGUUAAAACAGUAUCUUCAAAUGACAUGAUGUAUGAAUUUUACAAAUAGUCAGAAUUAUAUACUAAACCAAUAUUGUCUGGAAUUUACCAGGGAAUAUCAAAUUUAAGGCUAAAAUUGGAGAGAAAAAAAAUCUCUAGCUCUCCUAAUCUUCCACCUUCAAUAUUUUGGCCUAGCAUUCGAAUUUUCAAGAUCAAUUCCUAAGCAUUCCCAAUGGAUUAAAUUCCCUGUUUGUUCAUUAUAUCUUGUUUUCUCUGUGUAUUGUCUAAAAAUAAUUUAUCUCUUGGGGCUUGCAUCCUACUGGAUCUUACCGCUCCCAUUAGCAAUAUCUGAUUUGCAAAACAAAUGCAUGCGGCUUAUUUGCAAUAUACCCCAUUAUCUGAUCAGUGUGAUGAAUUAAUGGAAUGAUUUUUUAUCUUUCAGAAGUACUCACUAAUGGGUAAUUGUAAGAAUGCAAAACUGGAUUUCUUCUCUAAACCAAGAAUUGUAAUCAGUUGAAAAUCACCAGCUAUUUUUCCACUUCUACUGGUUUAGCAAAACUUUGCAUUUCUAAGAUAUGUAAGCUCUGCUACAGUAUUUUAAAUAUAUUUUACGUUACACAACUAACAUCUCAAAUUGUUUUAUAUGCUUUUUUUUUUCUUCAGUUCAUCAACAUGUCCAGUCAGUAAUUGGAUUUUUGCUCUUAACAUGCGACUCCUGCAGUUUGUCACUCGUUGCAUGUCACAUCAUUUCCAGGUCCCAAGAUGUGUCUGCCAGGCGGUUCUGUUGCAUAGAACGAUUUACCAAACACACAUAUGUGACUUUUCCACUAACUGGCAUGGGUCAUUUUUGUUCACAACCAAGUAUUAUUGCACUUCAACACAUACCCAGCACUCAGCGCCAAGAAGAAAGAGGAUUCAUACAUUUGAGUCUGAUAAUUCCACUAGUGAUGCACAGGAUAGUACAGAGGAUGAUUUUGGAACAUUAUCCCAAAAGUAUUCAUCCAGAGCUGUGUUCAAGAAAACGUCCCCAGAUCUGCAAAACCUGAGACAUGCAGAAGAUGAAAUAGAAGAGAAAGAAACAUUACCUCUACAAAAGGUAUCAAGAAGAAACACUCCCUACUGGUACUUCCUACAGUGCAAAAGCAAAAUAAAAGAAGGCAAGGUAAGCACAUACACAUAAGAUUAUCUGUUAAAGUGUAAAAUGUACGCUUCAAUCUCGGUUAUACCUCUCCAUGUGCUAGAUUGCUGGUGGCAAUUCUCCUCUGCUGACAUCACUCCCUCUUGCUGGAGGGGCGGGAUGUCAGAGAGGACAGCAUGCUUGGAAGAUUGGAGGGGUGCCACCAUUGGACACCUGUCGCCACUAUGCUGUGUGUGCUGACAACAAACAUCCAAUAUGGACAGAACUGACACUGCUGGUGGCGUAACUCCAUCUCCAGUAAAGGGGUUAUACUCUGUGUGAGCGGUGGGUCUUGGUGUCUAAUGUCUCUGCGUUGUAUUGAUUCCAAUUUUAUUUUUUUUUAUUUUAUUUUUUUAGUCUAGAUUUCAGAUUGAAAAAACAAAACCCCCCCAAAAAUGCAUCAAGUUCCAUAUUUGUGUUUUAAUGUAAGAACUGCCUGCUUAACCUUCACGGUGUAAUUCUCUCUUUGAUUCACAGUUAGCCGAGGCAUUGGAGCUGUUUGAAACAAAUAUGCUGCAGGAGGAGCGUCUGCAACCCGAGGAAAGUAACUACACUAUUCUGAUAGGAGGAUGCGGGAGAGCCGGAUACGUAAAGAAAGCCUUCAGCUUGUACUCUGAUGUAGGUGCUACAGCAAACGUUACUUAAUUAUUAGAGGUUUUGUUUAAACAGAAUUGGUUUUUAAAGUGUUUAAAAUUAUUUCUUAAUUUAAUUAAUUCCAAACAUUAUAGCAUGCUAUGCCGUCAUACAAAAGGAGGGCUUUAAAGCCGUUAGGGCGACAUAGCACGCCCUAGUGAUCUGGCCCUCCCUCCUGCACAAAUACUCGCCCUCCUCGCCGGAUCCCUUACAACCCAGGCAUUCCCUCCUCAGCCAGUCCUGCCGAUUUGAGCUUGUGAUUGGAAUGACACCACAAUCACAUGACUGAGAUCAGCAAGAUUGACAGAUUAACUGCAGGGGGACUGCAGAUCUAUAAAUAUAUAUACACACACCCACACAAGUUCAGGCACUUGCACUCAAACGUAAAUAUUAACACCAAGUGCCAAGUCACAUAAAGUAGAUAUUCUAUACAAUACCAGCACUCUGGUAUUUCCAAAUAUUUCUUCUUUAUUCAAGCAAAUCCAGUUCAACGUUUCAGCUCCUCAACGGAGCUUUCAUCAGGAAAUCCGCACAGUAUGUCCCAAUGAAAGCUCCACUGAGAAGCUGAAACGUUGAACUGGAUUUGCUUGGAUAAAGAAGAAAUAUUUGAAAAUCCCAGAGUGCUGGUGUUGUUUGGAAUAUAUAUAUAUAUAUCUAUCAACGUUUCGACCCUUCAGGGUCUUUAUCAAGAUAAAGACCCUGAAGGGUCGCGACGUUGAUGUAGAGGUGGUGAUUUUUUUAAAUAUAUUUUGGAAAUCCAAGAGAGUGCUCCUGUUUUCAUUUUUGUGUAUAUAUAUAUAUAUAUAUGUGUAUAUAUAUAUAUAUAUAUAUAUAUAUAUAAUGUUAUAAUAACCCAGGCUGAAAAUGCAGCACUUUUUUAGAUUUUAUUCAAAUUAAACAGUGUUUCAUAUGUAAAUAUUUAAUGUGAAAUAAAAGCUCAAUUUUUCCUGGACAAAAUUAUAUAUUAAGUGUGCCCUUAAUGUGAAAGAGGAAAAUUAUGCAUGAACAGACAUAUCUCGUUCAAAUUUUAGAUUCUUUUUUAUUUAGGGGUUAAUACUUUAAUAGUUUUUUUCCCAAGGAAAGUACAACACAUAAGCACUGAGUACUAAAAGGUAAUUGCAGCAAAAAUGAUAUUGGUGUGUGAGGUACAUAUAUAUUCAUAGCAUAAGCAUAUUGUACAAAAUGUUAUAUGGAGAACAAAAAUGUAUACAUAUUAUUCCACAUGAAGAAAUAAUAGUAAACGUAAAGAGAAGUAUUGAGCUUGGGUGGGGGUUGUUGCAUAUGUUUAAAAUUUUAUAGGGUAUCAAAAGAAAGCCCUGUUUCUUCUUUAAACUUGAUUUAUAAUAUGUAUGGAUGCACUUAAAAGAACACAGUAGCGUCAGGAACACAAACAUGUAUUCCUGACCCUAUAGUGUUAAAAACAACAUCUACCCCUCCGUCCCUGCCUUGUCUUUCUAAAUAUAGUAAAAUCUUACCUUAAUUUCAGUCUGUUGGUGCUCCCUCUGCCCCUGAUCUGCCUGUUUGGCCGAUAUAAUCAGAAGUGGCGGUCUAGGCCAAUCACAAUGCUUUCCCAUAGGAAAGCAUUGGAUUGGCUGAGACUGUCGAGGGGGCAGAUCAGAAGCAGAGCCAGCAGAACCAAACACAGCCCUAUUCAAUCACCAUCUCCUCAUAGAAAUUAAUUAAAUCAAUGCAAGUUCAGUGUCUCCAUGCAGAGGGUGUGCAGCACUGCCCCCAGAAUGCACCUCUUGUAGCCAUCUGAGGAGUGGCCGGUGAAGGUAUCCCCAGGCUGCAAUGUAAACAUUGCAUUUUCUCUGACAAAGACAGUGUUUACAGCAAAAAUCCUGAAGAGAAUGAUUAUACUCACCAGAACAAAUUCAAUAAGCUGUAGUUGAUCUGGUAACUAUAUUGUCCCUUUAACAGAGUGAAAUUGUGGUAAAAUGAAUGCAUAGCAAAAGUGCUAAAAAGGUUGUCACAAACGCAUUGCAUCUCAAUCAAGCCUUGGUCCUUAAGGGGUUAGGAUCCUUUAAGCUGUGUUAUUGGCAAUAGUAGUAACUCAUCCCUUGUAGGGAUCCAUUAUAUAUUUAUUUUUUCUUUAAUUUGCUCCAGUUUUAAAUAAGAACACAGACCUUGCUAAUGGUUUGCUUAUGGUCUUUUAAGGUCUUAUUUUCAUAGACCUUGCAAGUGCCCUGCAUGUUAGCCUCAUAUAAGGGGUUUGUAGCAAUCUUUAAGAAUAUCUUUUUAUCCAUUUAAUUUACCAUAGUCCAAGUGGUAGUCAUGAUAUCGCCUUCCUUUCUACUGUGGAUUAAAAAUAAAACAUAUCCUAUUAGCUUGUCAUUUACUGGCAAGCUAAGGGUGGAGUUGCCCUUUUUAAGGUUAGGAGGAAUCGUGACUUCAUUUUGUUUUUUACCUUUUCAAUGCUCCCUGCCCUAUGAGAGAGGAAAGGGUAACUACCCAUUAGUGAUGACUGCCACUUGGACAAUGGAAAAUGAAAUUUAUGGUAAGUAAUAUUUUUUUUUUUUCAUCCAGGAACUGACCAUCAAGUGUCCCUGUGGAACUCUUCUAGGCAAUCCUGGGGGCUCAGUGGCAACGAACUGGUCUUCCUAAAGGCCUGCGUUGAGCUCAUGUGGUGUUUAUUGGUCUAAAAUGCCAAGUGACAAUCACAAAGUUCCGCCAUCUGUUUCUGUUUGUAGUUUUUCUGUUUUGUACCCGAUAUGUACGUGUGCUCUUUUAAAAGGUCAACAAAUUAAUUUGUAGAUACUAGUAAAUAUUCUUUCUAAAAACGCACCAAAACUUGUUAAAAAUAUGUCUCUUCCUUUGCCUUAAUAUUUUGCAUCUUAGAUGAAGAAGCGAGAUCUGAAGCCCACAGAUGCUACAUACACAGCUCUGUUUAAUGCAUGUGCUGAAUCUCCAUGGAAAGACUCAGGCCUGCAACAUGCUAUGAAACUACAUCAAGAACUGAAAAACAAGAACAUUGAGCUAAAUAUGAUCACAUAUCGGAGCUUGAUGAAAGUAUGUGCACUGUGUGGAGGCCUACACAGCAGCUUGGAAAUCUUCAAGGUGAGUCCACUGUUUAAGCAUUGCAUGGCUUAGCAUGUUCAAUUAAAGUACAAAGACCUUAAGACCUUCAGAUAUUAAUGUAUUUUUUUCUUGAGUGAAGAUAUUGGUUUAAAGUACUCCUUUCAUACAAAAUGCAGUAUAGCAUUAUAUGGAGAUUAGUAUUUCAGGAAAAGUUAUACACCCAUUUGUAUUGUUAAAGGGACACUCCAAGGUAAUAAGAAUGUAUCUCCUGUAUAGAUUAAUGGAGUCUUCAUGUCCCUGUUUCCCUGCACUCAGUUGCUUAGAACAGCAGCAGUCUGCACAUCACUCCAUAUUGCAAGGUCCACCUUUUUGUCUGCCUCAAAUGUUUUUAUGAAGAAGCCUGUGUCUGGGGAAAAAAAACAGACAAAAUAAAUAUAAAUAACUUAAUUAAGAAGGCUAGGAUUAGCUGAGAGGUUGAGCCACUUCAAAGAUUUAGGACCAUUGUGCAACAAAAAGGGUUUUUUUUCUGCUUCUAUAUAUUUACUUUAUUUGAAGCCCCCCCCACCCCCUUUUUUUUUUUUACUUUAGAUUUAUCUUUUUUUUUUUUAUUAUUAUUAUUAUUAUUAUACAACUUGGUAUAAUUUAAUUCAGAUGAGGGCAAAAUAGACUGUUUACAAAGCAGUAAAUCAAAAAAGUUGGUGAGAUCAAACAUGGGAUUUGAAUGUAAAACAUAAUAAUAGAAUUAACAGGUAACAUAAGUUAGCAUUAUACACUGAACAAAAUUAUGAACGCAACACUUUUGUUUUUUCUCCCAUUUUUCAUGAGCUGAACUUAAAGAUCAUUCUUAGACUUUUUCAAUGUACAUAAAAGGCAGAUUUCUCUCAAAUAUUCCAGAGCAUCCCAAACACGCUCAAUGGGUGACAUGUCCUGUGAGUAUGCUGGCCAUGCAAGAACUGGGAUGUUUUCAGCUUCCAAGAAUUGUGUACAGAUCCUUGCAACAUGGGGCCGUGCAUUAUCAUGCUGCAACAUGAGGUAUUGGUCGUGGAUGAAGGGCACAACAAUGGGCCUCAGGAUCUUGUCACGGUAUCUCUGUGCAUUCAAAAUGCCAUCAAUAAAAUGCACCUGUUCUCGUUGUCCAUAACAUACACCUGCCCAUACCAUAACCCCACCGCCACCAUGGGUCACUCGAUCCACAAUCUUGACAUCAGCAAACCGCUCACCCAGACUACACCAUACACGCUGUCUGUCAUCUGCCCUGUACAGUGAAAACCGGGAUUAAUCCGUGAAGAGAACACCUCUCCCAAGUGCCAGACUCCAUUGAAUGUGAGCAUUUGCCCACUCAAGUCGGUUAUGAUGACGAACUGCAGUCAGGUCGAGACCCCGAUGAGGACGAUGAGCAUGCAGGUGAGCUUCCCUUAGACAGUUUCUUACAGUUUGUGCAGAAAUUCUUUGGUUAUGCAAACAGAUUGUUGCAGCAGUUAUCCGGGUGGCUGGUCUCAGACGAUUUUGGAGGUGUAGAUGCUGGAUGUGGAGGUCCUGGGCUGGUGUGGUUACACAUGGUCUGCAGUUGUGAGGACGGUUGGAUGUACUGCCAAAUUCUCUGAAAUGCUUUUGAAGACGGCUUAUGGUAGAGAAAUGAACAUUGAAUUCAUGGGCAACAGCUCUGGUGGACAUUCCUGCAGUCAGCAUGCCAAUUGCACACUCCCUCAAAACUUGUGACAUCUGUGGCAUUGUGCUGUGUGAUAAAACUUCACAUUUUAGAAUGGCCUUUUAUUGUGACCAGCCUAAGGCACACCUUUGCAAUAAUCAUGCUGUCUAAUCAGCAUCUUGAUAUGCCACACCUGUGAGGUGGAUGGAUUAUCUCGGCAAAGGAGAAGUGCCCACUAAAAGAUUUAGACAAUAUUUGAGAGAAAUAGGCCUUUUGUGUACAUAGAAAAAGUCUUAGAAUGAUCUUUGAGUUCAGCUCAUGAACAAUGGGAGUGUUGCGUUUAUAAUUUUGUUCAGUAUAUGUUCAUUGUUAAUAUUAACUGUAGUGUGAAAAUAUAGCCAACAUAAUGAGUUUCCGCCUACAGUAAAGUUGUUUGCAUUGUAAACUAUAAAUUAUUAUAAACGCUGUUAAUUGUGCAGCCCCUGUAUUCUUUAUAACCCCUUCAAAAGCUUGUCUUACCCUUAAGGACACAAGCCAUUUUUGCAUUUCAUGCUGUUUGUGUUCAAACACAAUUUGCAUCUCUGUCAUUUAUUGCACCAACACAUAUUAUAUACUGUUUUUUAGAGCCUUUAAUUUGAUGUCACACAUACAUAGAUAAAUUCUCAUUAAAGCGGCACUGUCAUGUCGAACUUACCUUUCCUCAAGCUCUUCCUCUUCUCCCCCUCUCUCAGGAUCUGUUCUUCGUUUCUUCCUGUCUUCUUUAGUUUUCUUUAAAAUCAUAAGACAAAGUAGGGACUCUUUGCCUUAUGGAGGAUUCCUCCGCUUGACCAGCUCUGACCAGCGGAGGAGCAAAGUGUGCUUCAUUUCCGUUGGUCAGGGCAAUUUUCCCACAAUUCUCACCUUUCCUCUGUGUUCCCGCGAUGCUUCCUGUCAUUUUACACGAAACUGCCGAAUUGCGUUCUAACUGAAUGAGAACAGUAUGUUCGUUUGUUUUAGAACGCAAUUUGGCACUUUAUUCGGAUUGGUAUUUCAUUCGAAUGAAUGAAACUCCGAUCCUAUUCUUGCUGUGGCUGCAUCUUGCAGCAGCUUAGUAGAUAACUCCCUAAUUCCCACAGUAUCAGGGAGUUAUCUACUAAAAGGCUGAAAGACCUAAAUUGGUCUUUCAGCCACAUUUACUAUUACUAAGUAAAAAUUACUUAGUAUUAGUAAAUGCUGCCCCUACUCGCUAUACCGCGAGUAGGGGCAUGUCUAGUAAACAGUGAACAGCCAGUGGCUGCUCACUGUAAAAAAAAAAAAACUAUUGGCCCCCACCCUUAAACGACGGGUGGGGGCCCUAAAGUAAAAUAAGGGGGGAGACCUAAUGUCCCACCCCUGCGCGGUGGGUGGGGGUCAUAAUGAUAAUGGGGGGGGGACCCUGGGCGGCGGGUGGAGCCAUAAUGAUAAUGGGGGGGGGGUGAGGGGGACCUACUGUCCUCCCCCCCCACCCCCAAUCCUGGGUGGCGGGUGGGGGCCAAAUGAUAAUGGGGGGGUACCUACUGUCCACCCCCCCCCCCACCCCUUGGCGGCGGUGGGUGCCAUAAAGAUAAUGAGGGGGGGGCCUACUGCCCUCCCCCACCCACCCCGAAUUUUCCCACGCUGUGUAAAAUGACAAAGAGCACUCUGAUUGGCUUAAACCCACCAAUCAGAGUGUUCUUAGCCUAAUUGCAGGGCGGGGCAAGGCUUUAUGAGCUCAAUCUGCGGAGCCCGCCAUGGGUGAAGGUGGAUUAUUUUUUGGCGCUCGGGUUUUUUCUUUUUCGUCUGUGUUUUUUUUUUUUUCGCUCGGGAUUUUUAUUUUAUUUUAAGUUCGACGGUUAUGAUGGUUUUUUAUUUGCCCUUUUUUGGGGCUGAAAAAUGAAGAUUUGAGAAGAAAGAAGACGUCAAAUGGUAAGUUUAAUUUUAUUUUACAGGUUAGUUAUUUUAUUCCCCCCUCACUAUUUUUUAGGGUGAGGGGGGUAGGUAGAGACAUUUUAUUUGGGUGGGGAGGGUGGGUGACUAGGGGUUUGGGGACCCCUAGUCACCUUGGGAAGGGGGGGGCUGCUCACUGUUUAGUGGACAUGCCCGGUAUAGCGAGUAGGGGCAUUGGGGAGAUUUUAAUCUCCCAUAUGCUAUUAUGGGGGUCAUACUGACCCCCAUAGAGUGAGGGGGGGACCUGGGGGGCUUAUGAAGUGGUGGGGAGCACUGCUCCCUGCCGCUUCUAUAGUUACAUAUUAGAAGGAGGGAGCUGCGUGCCGGUAGCUCCCUCCUUGUAAUAAACUGAACGAACAAACACUGAUACACAGUGUUAGUUUGUUCGUCUGAUUUUUCUAUUCACUCAUUCGUCUGUUGAAUGAAUAGAUGAAAUUCCCGUUCGCAUGUCCAGGUGUUUCACUGGGCAUGUGCGGGAAUCUCACAGUCUGUCUAGUGUGGGCAGAUGACCCACACAUCUACCCACACAAAGAUGGCUGCGCCCUGAAUAUAGAUCGGGGCAGAAAAUAAGGAAUAAAAAAAAUAGGUAAUGUGGGGGGCUGACUAGGGUGUCAGUUAGAGAUAGUGGAGGCCGGAGGGGAGUUAAAAAAAAAACAGGAUUCGGCAUGACAGUGCCGCUUUAAUUAUAAAAAAAAAAAAUGCAAAAAAAUGUGAAGAAAAAAAACUUUUUUUUUUUUUUUACAGUAUUGGUAAUAAUAGCGUGUGCAUGAUUUGUCCAGCUUACGAAAAGUAAUUCAAAAUAAUUUCAUAUAUGGGUCUUGAUUUAUAGAGUACAUCAGAUGUAUAGGAUUUCAGCUUAUUUUGAAAUUUACAGGACACACACUACAAGAACUAAAAUAAAAUUUCAAUGUGAAACAAUUUUAUAAGUUGGUAUGUUUGUCUUGAAGGUUUAGUAGUCAUAACAGAAAACAAAAUUGCCACAGAAAAAGUAUAUAUUUUAUAUAAAGUAGACAUCACAGGCUUUUUACCUAAGGUUAUUUUGACACUUUUUACAUAGCCAUUUCAUCACCAAUCUGCUAAAUAAUUGUGUAAAAUUGUGUUUUUUCUCUAUUUUGGCAUAUACACAUAUAACAAGGUUUUUGUAAUGUGAAUUUUGUAAAGCUGGUGUGUGCUAUUUCUGCACAGAACCCCAUAAUGCCUUCAGCUACAUCUGCUGAGUAUAACGAUACCCCCAUUGUAUGCCUUUGGCACUAUUCUGUGAAGCUACAAUGCCAUAUAAUAGACCAGGCUAUUUCAGUUUCUGUAGUUAGAAUUUUCAUAGAUGGAUUUGACGGACCUGUGUCUCAUUUUGGGGUAUUAUAGCAGUUUGACUGUUUUAAAAAAAAAAAAAACCCACAAAGGGCUUCCAUUUGAUAAAGUAGACACCCCAGGGUAUCUUAUAUGGCGUAUAUUGUGCCUUAACUUGUCGCCAUUUUUUCACCAAUUUAUGCCAAUGUUUGUGUUGAGGGGGAAAAAAAUAAAUUUUUACAUACAUGUUGCAUUUUUGUUGAGUAUUUCUUACACUUAAUAUGUGCCACUGUCAUAAAAUGAUGCUCAGUUACAUCUUCUGAGUAAAACAAUAUGACCUAGACACUAUUUUGUGAAGUUACAGCGCUGUAAAACAGCCGUGACAAUUUCAGGUUUUUAAGUGUGAAUUUUCAUAGAGGGUUUUGAAGCAUCUGUGUCCCACUUUGGAGCACUUUAGCAGGCUAAAUAUUCCAACUACACCAUAAAGGCAUACCAUUCUUAAAGAAGACAUCCCAGGAUAUUUCAAAAGGCAUAUUUUGAACCUUAGUGUAGGAUAAUUUUUCCUUUAGCUUGUACCAUGUGUAGUGGUAAUAAGCAUUUCUUUCUGCCUUUUUGACACAAAGCGAGUUUGCACAGUAAAUUUUGCAAAUCUUAUGUGUGCUGCGGCUGUAUAAUAUUUCAUAUGUUGCUCAGCUAUGUCAUCUGAGUACAACAAUACCCCGUAUGUACUUUUGCCAGGUAUAUGUGGAUGUUGAAGGGGCACAUUUGAGCCAUUCAGUUUUCUUCUAACUUUUUAGUUUUACGCUGUGUGCAUGUUCCAUUUUGCAGUGUUUAGUUGGUUGGUUAUUCAACCUACCCCACAAACACAUACUAUUAAUUAAAGAAUUCACCCUGGGGUAAUUCAAAACACAUAUUUUGAACCUUGGCGUGGGGUAUUUUUUUCGCUAUUUUGUACUAAGUGUAGUGGUAAUAAGCAUUUUUUUUAUUAUGUUUUUAUAUUAAUAAUUUUUUAUUGUAGCAUAGCAAUGUGUACAUUUGUCAUCUUGAUUCAUUUGGCUACAUUUUAAAUGCAACAUUUGCGUACAGUACCACAGAUAACAGGUGAACAUAAGAGCCUAGGUAGAGCAUAUAUUCUGUGGUAUCAUACAGAUAAUUAUACAAUUAAUUAGCGAGUGGUUGCAUAGUGGUAAUAGGAAAAGUUUGCGUUUGCUUAUUGGGACCAGCUUUCUUUUGGGGGGUAUGAGCAAGUUGGGAGAUACAUUUCAAUUGAGACAUGUUAGUAGCAAAUUGGUUGAUGGACCUGCUUUCAAACCUAUAGCAUUAACGUAAAAUAAUAGCAUAAAGAACAGAAGCCUACAACAUGCAUUCCUAUUCAUCAUGCACUUGCGGAGCGUCCAAGCUCUUGCAGAGUUCAGGUUGUCGGUUUAGGUGAGCCUGCAACACGACUCGCUCUUGGGAAGAAUGGGUUGAAUUUUCUUAACAUCCCAAAGCCUGGAGGUAGUCGCUGGUGUCAGUGUUGCAGAGGUUUUGCUUGUAGUGGCCUCCUGAGAUAUGCCCAAGGCCUGAAGAAACUUCUCAGAGUCGCUUGCUUGUGCGAUGUGCACUCUUUUGCCUUCUUGGCUGACAGACAGCCUGCGCCCUGGUCCCCAAUGGUACUGUAUCCCCUUGGCUCUCAGGAGCUGAGUUACUUCUUUCAUGGAGUGUCUCCAAGUUAUAGUUGCCCUAGAGAGGUCGUUAUAGAAGGCUAGGUCAGAGCCCUCGAACUCGUAGGUGUCUGUUUCGCGGGCUGCUUCUUGCCCCGGAGUGAUUGAAACCGCAUAAGUAAGUCCCGUGGGACCUCUGCUGGGGCUCUUGGAGGUUUAGGUACACGGAAAUGGAAAUCCAGCAAAAUAGAUUUUGCUUUAGCUGGUAAUGAAAGGGAGGCCAGUAAUCUGCAUAGGUAGUGUGGGAUCUUAGGGUCUUGCACUUCCUCUGGUAUCCCCCUAAUCCUCAGGUUUUGCUGGCGUUUAGAGUCUUCCAGUGCCACCACUUUGUUUUCUAACGUAGUGCUUGUUUGCUUUAGUUGGGUCAUUUCUCUCUGCAGGGCCUUAAUUUUGGCCGCUAAAGCCGCUUCAUUUACUUCCACAGCCUGUAUGCGGGCUGUCAUGGCGCCCAAAUCUUAGCUGAUUAAGGCAACGUCAGCUUCUGAUUGUGCUUUAAGCUCCUUGAGCAGGUUAAUGAUGUCUGCUUUGCUCGCUGGCAUCUGCUCAGGAAGUGGAAUACUCUCUGUUCUGAUGCCCCCUCCCUUUGCUGGUUCCUCGGCGGACUCACACUCACUGUUAAGCGAGGAGUAGUCAGGGGCUUCCCGCGUGGACGCCAUCUUAACUCCCACCCACUCCCAACUAGCAAAAUAUAUCAUUUUAAAAUAUUCAAAUUAAUUAAUGAAAUAAAUUGAAGGGGUUAAAAAAAAUUAAAGUUAGCCCUCAGGGGCUAAAAAAAAUCAGAUCACAGUAUAAUACUGGGAUCUGUAUUUUUCAUCAUUUUAGGCAGUGAUCAACUGGCAGGGAAGGGGUUAAUCUUUAUUAGGACUGGUGAAAGGGGGGUGGGAUUUUUUUAAACUUUAAAAAAAAAAAUUAUUAUUAAAACAUUUAACAGUAGGAUAAGCAUGAUGGAAAAUUUCCAUCUAGCGUCGCGAAGGGGUUAAGGAACACUACUCCAGUCACCAAUACAGCUAUAAAACAUUUGGGUUUUUAACGAAUUGCUGUAUUUUGGCAUGCUCUGAUCGUUAUAGUUUUGGCACAAAAAUAAAUGCUUUGCAGAAUACUGUCUCCUUAGCUCUCAUUCCAGAACAAAAACUCAAUUAUUAAUGUAUGUACACAGCUCAGCCACCUAACAGCACUGACUGACAUAGUAAGAAUAUCUCUAGGACUGUCUGCAGUUUGGAUAUGGAUUAAAUCAGGGCUUGACAAAUCCCAGGUCGCCCUGGCACCUGGGAUUAGCAGCCCUUUAGCUAAAGUGGGCAGAUGAGGGAACAUUGGGGCCGGCCGGCCGGCAUCAUUACAGGUAAUAGAGAGGAGCCGCGGGUAGAUUUCUGACCCCUAGCACACAGGAGGAGCAGCCCUACUGGAUUACAGGGAAAGUCCACUCAACUCUUCCAAAGGUAGGGAGGCUGGGUGGAUUCAAAUAAAAAAUGUCUGUGUGUGUGUGUGUGUGUGUGUGUGUGUGUGUGUGUGUGUGUGUGUGUGUGAAAAUGUGUAUGUCGGUGUUUGUGAGUGUGAGAAAAUUUGUGUUUGUCUCUGUCAGUAUGUGUCUGUUUCUGUGUCUGUUUAGGUACCUGUCCCCCUCCGAUCACAUGAGAGAGGUGUUUUUACUCCUUUUACCCCAUGCUGUGCCGGUUUCGCUACAGCUUGUCCCACCUCCAUGGCUGAGAUCCAUCAAUCUUAAUGAGCUCCGCUAAACCAAUGCUUUCCCAUAGGAAAGCAUUGGAAGGAUAUUGCGCAUGUUCUCUAUGGGUAACAUUCAGCACCUCCAUGCAGAGCGUGGCAACGCUGAACAAAGGUGCUGCGCACUGACACGGGACUCUCUAGUGGCCGUCUGAGUGACUGUCACUAGAGAUGUUACUAGGCAGCAAUGUAAACACUGCCUUUUCUCUAAAAAGGCAGCAUUUACAUUGAAAAGGCUACAGGGACAGGCUAUAGGCACCAGAACAACUACAUUAAGCUGCAGUGGUUCUGGUGGCGAUAGUGUCUCUUUAAGAAUUGUAUAUUUAUCGUUGUAAAUUAAACUUCGCUAGUUUUAAAAAAAGCUGACUCCUAGAUUCCAAGCAAAUCUGUUAAACCCUGGAUUAAAUUAAUCAGCUUCAUUGUAUGUUACAGGCAUAAUAUAAGCAAAGCAGUCUUCAUUAAAAAAUGACACCCAGACAGAUACACAGGUAAAGUGGUAUAAUUACUACCGGUAUUUGUAUGUCUGGAUGCACUAUCCUUAUAAUGCUUCGUAGUUCAGAUCACUCAGUGCUGUCAAAGGCUGUAUUAAUGGACCACUAUAGGCACUUCAGCUUAAUGAGGUGGUCUGGGUGCCUGGUCCAUCUAGGGUUAAGAUUUUAAGUUUUUUCAGAGAAACUGCUAUGUUUAUGUUAGGGUUAAUCCAGCCUCUAGUGGGCUUCCGCGUUUCUCAAUGCCGCGCAUGCGCAUUCAGCCGAAUAGGAGGAGGAGAGGAAGAAGAGAGCUCCCCGCCCGGCGCUGGAGAAAGAGGCAAGUUUAACCCCUUCCUCUCCAUCCAGCCCGGCGGGAGGGGGACCCUGAGUGUGGGGGCACCCUCAGGGCACUAUAGUGGUCCUUUAAUUGCAAACACUGAAAAGGAAGUAUUUUUUUUUUAAUUGGGAGGGUGUGGCUAAGAAGGCGUAUGUUGCAGCAUUAUGCAAAACAAUUUAACUAUUAUGGGGAACAAAUAAGAUUUGAGCUUGCAAAAGUGCCAAAACCUAUAAGUGUAUUAAAGUUUUCUUUGUGACUGGAAUGUUCCUUGAAACAAGUAUAAUGUUUUGUUUAUGCAUGCCAUAAUUUGUUUCAUCAUAAUUAUGUACAAAAUCUUGUUUUAAAUCUGUUGGGGUUAACAUGUUGGUUGGUUUUAAUGUAUCAUCUGUAUCAGAGCUCAACAUUUCCUCUAGCAAUUUGGUGAGUGAAAAUUAAGCACUGUUAAGUGUGUCAUGAACCCUCCAAGUUUGCAGUGGCUAGUAAUGAAGGAUUAGAAAUGUUAAGCCCCAAUCUACAAUAUCUUAUACAUCAGAAAUAAUCAUCUACAGCUUGCAACAUGUGUUUAAAGAUUUAACUUUAUUUUUAUGAUAUUGGUUAACAAACCAUUCUACCAAGGAAGAAGCCAAACAGACAUACUUGAGAACCAGUAUGUUUUUUUUUUCUAUGUUUAUGCCUUGUGGGGGUGCAUUUGGGUCUGUGUAGCCCACAUGAUGACUAUUUUCAAUAGCACAACCUAUGGAUUGAAUCUUUAUUGCAUAUUUAAUGAAGAUUUUGUCAUCCUAAAUGGUGGGUUGACAAGCUUACGAGAUUCCUUUAUUUUUAGGAUUUAACAGUUUUACAAUAAGCACUGUAACAUUAGGCUCACACAUCCACAAAGAAAAAAAAAUCACAAUCAAGGCAUAGCAUUCAGUGGGAUUUUUUUCUAAUAUUUUCUCCUGAAAUACAUUUCAGGUGUAUGUGACAAAAACUAAUUUUUUUUUAAAACUUUAGUUUUCCUUUAAUUAAAAAAUAAUAUAUAUGAAAAAUUCAUAGUGUAUAUUAAAGUAAAUGCAGGCAAACAAGUGAGAUUGUCUUCUAUGUGGCAUAUAAUGGGAAAACAUAUAUUAUGUCCGUGGGUCUGAGAACAGAUCUUUUUCAUAUUGUCAUUUUACUCCCCUUGGAAUAAAAGGGUUAAGGCACUGUAUUGUUGUGGUUUCCAAGGUUUCCAGCCCCUAGUGAUAUUAAAGCAACAAUUGCUUACCAUUGCAACAUUAUAUCAAGCCAUAACCAUUUAAUCCUAGUGUACAUGUCAUAUAAAGUAAUAAAAACAAAAUCACUUUAUUCAUUUAUUACAAUCACAUGUUUGUUAGUCUACCCAUUGUAAAGCUCUGCAGAAUUUGUUGGAGCUAUAUAAAUAUAAUAAUAAUAAUUCAUAUUUUUUUUCUAUCCAUUUUGCUAGCAAACAUUUAAAUUAAACAUUUUAGCUCUAGUUAGUGUGGAUGGCUUAAUUUUCAUGUUUGUAGUGUUUCUGAAAGGUGUUGGCAUGAUCCAACAGUGAGACUCAUAUAAUUAUAAAGGAUACCAAUUUUUGGAACAUAAAUUUAUAAAUGCUAAUAGUUAUGCUAUGUAUGUGUAAACAAACACUAUUGUUUCUUAAUGCAUGCAAUUUAUUAAAUGGCACUGUAACUGCUUCAUAUCAUUGAAGUGCCUGGAGUACAACUGCACUGUCCCUCUUUUUAAACAGUUUUCAAUAGUGUAAUGCUAAAUGAAUGUUCUGGCUAAUGCUUCAUCGUUAUCCUGAGCAGCUCCCGGUUGUGAUGAUUGGCAGAGUGUAUGAGAUAACUGAUUUCAGCCUAUGCAGUCACCCAUUACUGAAUAGGUGUGGUUGAGAAAGUGUGUGAUCUCUGCCUUAACCAUACUUCCAGUGGGGCUGGGCUUUGGGCAACUUCAAGUAGUGUUGAACCGCUCAACAAAACUGAAUGAAGAGACUGCGCUCUGGGGCUCUAGGCACUAUAACUAAUGCAAUGAGAUGGAAUGGUUAUAGUCCUAAGAGCGACUCUUUAACCCCUUCCCGACCGCUGCCGGUUCAGGACCGUCAUCGGGAAAAAUCCCCUUGAGGACCAGUGACGCUCCUGAACCGUCAUAACGGAAAUCUUUACUCAACCAGUCACCGUCGUUCCCACGGCGGUGAUCGGCAUUGCUCCCAGUGUGGGGGGACUGCCUGCAGCCCAGGCAGUCUCCCCGCAGUGAAUUAGGACCCCACAAUAUGUGUCCAUGUAUCUGCCUGUAGGGGGACUGCCUGUGCUGACAGACAGUCUACUUGCAAGUGGUAAAAGGAAAAGAAAAAAAAGUUAAUGUUAAUAAAAAAAUAUAAUUCUAUAUGUAUGUGUGUAUAUAUAUAUAUAUAUAUAUAUAUAUAUAUAUAUGUCUAUAUAGCUUAUAUAUGUAAUGUCAUACUAAGUGUAUAUAUUAAUAUAAAAUACACUUAUUAAAUGACACAUGUAUAUAUAUAUAAUACCGAUAUAUAUUGAGUAUAUAUAUAUAUAUAUAUAUAUAUAUAUAUAUAUAUUAUUAUAAAAUACAAAUAAUAAGUAAAUUAAAAUAAUUUUAAAAAAUUUUAAUUUUAUAUAUAUAUAUAUAUGAAAGUUUAUUCUAACUGUAUUUUGAUAUUAAUUUAUAUAUAUAUUUAUAUCAAAAUACACUUAGAAUGAAAUUAUAUAUACAUCAAUGUAUAUAUAAAUAAAUCAAAAUAUUCCAAAAUAUAUAUCCAUAUGCAAAAUUACAUAAAUAAUUUCAUAAAUAUGCAUAUAUAUUUAAAUUCUACGUGCGUUUUUUUUAAAACAUUUUUACCUAAUUAAGUAAUUUUAUUGAUUGCAAUUUGAGGGACCUGCCUGACAACCCAGGCCGAAAGUCCAGAGAAUUUAAUUUGCUAGCACUGUAUUUUACCCUGUAACUUUCUAUGCCACUCUAAAACCUGUACAUGAAGGGUACUGUUUUACUCAGGAGACUUCGCUGAACACAAAUAUUAGUCUUUCAAAACAGGAGAACAUAUCACAGGGAUGAUAUUGUCAGUGAAAGUGAUUUUAUUUUUAUUUAUUUUUUGGCAUUUUUCACACACAAAUGGCACUUUCACUGAAGAUAUAAUUGUUGUGAUACGUUUUACUGUUUUGAAACACUAAUAUUUAUGUUCAGCAAAGUCUCCGGAGUAUAACCGUACCCCCAAUGUACAGGUUUUAUAGUGUUUUUGAAAGUUACAGGGUCAAAUAUAAGGGUCAAAUAUUUUUACAUUGGAAAUUGCCAGGUUGGUUAUUUGCCUUUGAGAGCGUAUGGUAGCCCAGGAAUGAGAAUUGCCCCGAGGAUGGCAUACCAUAUGCAAAAGAAGACAACCCAAGGUAUUGCAAAUGGGGUAUGUUCAGUCUUUUUUAGUAGCCACUUAGUCACAAACACUGGCCAAAAUUAGCGUUCAAUUUAGUUUUUUGCAAUUUUCACACACAAAUAUAAAUGCUAACUUUGGUUUGUGACUAAGUGGCUCCUAAAAAAGACUGGACAUACCCCAUAUUGAAUACCCUGGGUUGUCUACUUUAAAAAAAAUAUGUACAUGUGAGGUGUGAUUCAGAAAUUUAUGACAGAUAACAGUGUUACAAUGUCACUAUUGAUAAAUUUAAAAAAUAUGUAUUUUGAAACCGCAAUUUCCUACUUGUACUUAUAGCCCAAUAACUUGCAAAAAAAAAAAGCACGUAAACACUGGGUGUUUUUAAACUCAGGACAAAAUUUUGAAGCUAUUUAGCAGUUUUUUUCAUUAGCUUUCGUAAGUAAGUAAAAGAUUUUUCAAGUAAAAGUCAAAAAACAUAUAUUUUUUUUCAAUUUUCACCAUAUUUUAUUACCUUUUUAAAAGUAAAUUAUAUGGAAGCCCCUUUUGUCCUGAAAAAAACAAUAUAUAAUUUGUAUGGGAACCGUAAAGGAGAGAGAAGAAAAUUACAGCUAAACACAAACUCCACAAAAGUGUUAAAACAGCUCUGGUCCUUAAAGGACCACUAUAGUGCUCUGAGGGUGCCCCCACCCUCAGGGUCCCCCUCCCGCCAUGCUCUGGGGAGAGGAAGGGGUUAAAAUCGUACCUUUCUCCAGCGCUGGGCAGGGAGCUCUCCUCCUCCUCCUCCUCCUCCUCCUCCAUAGCGACGUCAUCAGCUGAAUGCGCAUGCGCGGCAGGAGCCGCGCUCUCAUUCAGCCAGUUCAUAGGAAAGCAUUUACAAUGCUUUCCUAUGGACGCUGGCGUCUUCACACUGUGAUUUUCAUUAAGCUGAAGUGGUCUGGGUGCCUGUAGUGGUCCUUUAACAUACAACAUGGCCAAAACAGUCCGGUCCUGAAGGGGUUGAAGAAAUGAUCCAAAGUAGAACCCAAAUCAUUCUGCUUCUUGUUUUUAUUUUUUUUCUAAGCAGUGCAGUAUCUUGUGUUGCUAAUUCAAAGGUUAGUGAUGUUCUAAUACAAUAUGUAAUUAAUGCCUUUGAUAUAAAGUACCACGAGAGCUCAAUAUUUGAACUGAUGCUACAUUAUAAAUACAUGUCUAAAAUCAAAAUGUUAUGUUUUAAGUGAAUUAUGAGCAAACAAAUGUAAACAUACUGGGACAAGGAUUCUACUCUAAUGGGCUUACAGCCUAAACAAAUGAACCCACAGGUUUGAUGAGUUAUGCAGAUGUAUUUUCUACAUGUGCUAUAUUUUAAGCCUGAUUAGAAAGCGAUAGGCUCAAAUGGCAUAAUGUAUGCUUACAUAGCUUUGUAUUCUUACAUUUCCCUCUUGCAUUAACACUGUGAUUCUUGUCCUUCAGGAAAUGGUACAAAAGGGACACAUUGUUAUUACAGAUACUUUCAACGUACUUCUAAUGGGCUGCAUCGAGGAUAAGACAGUGGGGUUCCGUUAUUCUCUGCAGGUAUAGUUAUUCUGAAAUUAAUUAUUUUCUCUUAUUGACUUUUUUGCCUGUUUACUGGGUACACAUGUCUGUAUAGUAUUCUUCCUUAACAAGAUUAUGUUCACAAAACCCUCUCUUCACCACAACAACAUAAAAUUGCUCUUUGGAAAAUGAUAACCAUAUUUAAUAUUCAUGCAUUUAUACAUUAAUUAUUGUGCUCUGUAGAGUGAUUGGUUUGCAGUAAGUUUUGAUUCUGUCUGUUAGAACCAAGCGGAAAAAUAUUAGUUUGUGUAAUAAUGCUUUUAUGCUUCUGUUAUUUCCUCAGGAAAAGGUUAUUCAAUUUUAAACUUCGCUCUCUCUCUUUAACACAGGUUUGGCGGCUGAUGUUGAGCCUAGGUUUAAAGCCCAACAUUAACACAUACAAUCUGCUCAUUCGUGCUAUCAAAGAGUGUGGAAUUGGAGACCCUAAAGUGGCAUAUGAUAUUUUGUUAAGCCCCAGUGAGCAUGCUUUGCCAAAGAAAAAAAGCAUGUUUGGAAAACACAAGCAAGCUAACAAAGUGCCCACAGUUGGUGUAAUAACUGAGCACGAAGUGGAGAUGUUAAAGCAGCAACUAGUACUUGAAAGUACGGCCCGUCUCAAACAAUCUAGUCUUAGUGCAAUAGAUGUAAAAUCAGCUCAGAAACCUGCUAUGAUAAAAAGUAUUUCAUCCCAAGUAACUAAAGAGGUGGAGCCCUUUAACUCUGACACUGUGCUUAUUGAUGCUCAACAGCAGCCCCCAAACCUCCUUAAUCCUGUUGUAGAGAAACAUAUGGUAGUUUCACUAGGGAAUGUCCUCGAACCCUCGGAUAGGCUUGCUUUGGUUGGCGACAUGGAAGGAAUCCUGCAGAAGAUGAAGGAGGAUCAAGUGACACCUACGAUAAAAACUCUAACACUAUUGGCUGAUGUAACAAAACCUGGGAGCCAAUCCGAAUCUAGCCUGCUCAACAUCAUGGACUUAUUAAAUAUUAAGGUGGAUGUGACGUUUUUCAACACUUUGGUGAAAAAAAGAAGUAAAAUGUUAAAUCUGGCAUCAGCAAAGGUAAGUUUCCGAGAUUAUAAAAGGAAAAUAUUGUAUUAUACUUAUUUGCACAAGUACAGUAUCCAGUGUCACAGAGUGAAAGCACUUACAGGGGCACUGCAGGCUGAACAAGGCAUUAUAUUUAAUGUGUUCUAUAGAUAAUGCAUUGAAAAAUGAUAUGCAAAAACAACCAAUCCAAAUCAAAAAAUGUACUUACCGUACAUUUAAUGAUGCAUUUUUCAGUAAAUCUCUAGGCUUUUUAAACUCUGCAGGAGCACUGCCUAGCCCUAAAACAUAAAGUGAUCAGCCAAUUAGAAGGGUCUAAAAGUAUUUAAAUUGCAAGCGGUGAUUUUGACUCCUAAAUCCCUGUGUAGCAGGACAUUAUGGGCAAGAUAGGGUUUUUUGGGAGUUAUAACUAACACCUUGUUUACUUUAUUAAAUCUAGUAGCUGAACUGCAACUAACAGGAAUGCUUCCUGUGCUUUGUGGCAUGUGUGCAGUCUUGCCAAGGCACUCAAAUGCCUUUUUUUGUGAAUGUGAUUGAAUCAACUAUUUUUCAGCUUAAUUUCACUAAUUUCCCUGCUCAUCAUUAUUAAUAGCCCUUUACCAGCGCAGUUCGAGCCUCAUCAAUGAUGUAACAGGUAGUAGUGCGCAGGAAAUCGUGGUGCAUUUGCAACUUGCACUGGCUACCAGAACAGACACAAGUUUAGCAGAGGAAAUUUAUUUAUAUAGAUAAAUGUCAGCAUGUUUAUUUUUAAUUUAAAGUUAUAGCUGCAGAGCUGACCUACAUAUGGUCCUAGUGGAUCCCUUGAACUCGGGUUGUUCCCGAAAGGGAGUGUAAUUUUGCCAACUAACAGAGUGAACUACCAACACAGCAUAAUUCACUCUAGGUAGGACACCACCAUCUGCUGCAGCUAUAAUGUUUUAAUGUAGAGUGGCUAAGUGGCAUUGGAGUUCUCUGUGAUUGAGCAUACUCUGAUAGAAGUCUUCACUUCAGUGCCGGCUGCUGUGGGUGCCAAUGGAGGAAAAAGGGAAUAUUACACUACUCGUUUUAUGAAAGUGUGUCAAUAUGUCCUAAAGCGGAUGUUAUAUCCUCUCCUAACAGCACUUGUAGGCACACUAUUAAAAAUAAACAUUACAUUUUCUCCAUUCAUAGGAACUACUGCCUGUUUUGGUUCAAAAAGGAAUUGCACCUAACAUCCAGACAUUCUGUCACCUGGCUUCAGCUUGCCACAAGAGAGAAGAUGGUUUGCAGCUACUUGAAGACAUGGUGGUAUGCAUGCAAAAUAUUCUUCCUUUAUUAACCCUUACCCCACCCUCCCCCCUAAAAAAAACAUGUGUUCACUAUUAAGGGUUAAUAAGUGUGUAGGGGUAUAGAAAAAUACGAUUUUGCCUUUUAGCUUAAGGUGAAUUGUUAGUGCUCUCCAUGAAUUGUCUAUCAAAUACAGAAAACAUUACUGUAGGUUAUGUGACUUUACACUAAACAGUACAGUACUUCCCAAACACUCACAGAGAUUCACUCUUGCCAGUAUGAUCGCAUUUGUGCAUGAUUCUGUCAUUGUUGCUCUUAAGCAUCUUUUUAAAAGAUGUAUCUUCUUUAAUUCAGUUAAAUGCAGUAGUUACAUAGCUGCAUAGUAUGUGGUGGUUUAAAGGAACACUAGCAUUAAAAAUAAUUAAAUUUUACCCACCUGAGAGUCAGGUAAUUGGUGGCCGGUUCCUUUUAAACCCCUCCUAACCGUCCUCACUAUGACAUAAAACUUCACAAAAGUAAAUAAACAAGGCACUCAAUGUAUUGCAAGAAUAGUUAUUAGAAAGGGAGAAACUUGUACUGCCUUUAAUCCUAGGAAAUAAUACAUUCACCGUCAGUAAAGUUUAGUUUUCACCUGUGGAUAAAGGCAGUACACACUUACAAAAUCUACUUAAAUGGCGCAUCUUCAUUUAAUCACCGCCUGGAGCACCUUACUCUCGAAACAAAACUCUUCGGAGGCAAGCGCCUUCCAUCUGUAUUGCUUAAUGAAUGUAUGAAUGGAAGACCACGUUGCCGCCUUGCAUUGGUGAAGCCAAGGAGGAGGUGGAUCCCUAUGCUGCCAAGAGUAUGCCAGAGACAGCCUCUUUGAUCCAUCUGGCUAAUGUAUCUUUCAAAGCCAAAACGUUUAUUUGAGCCUUUGUAAGACAAAACGAUCUUCCAACUUGCAAAACUCCUUGGUUAUAUCCAAGUAAAAUUGCUAAUUUCACAUCCUGUGAGUGGAGUUUUACAAAAAGUAGGUAAAAUUAUUCCUGAUUGAUGUUAAAGGACCACUCUAGGCACCCAGACCACUUCAGCUUAAUGAAGUGGUCUGGGUGCCAGGUCCAGCUAGGGUUAACCCAUUUUUUCAUAAACAUAGCAGUUUCAGAGAAACUGCUAUGUUUGUGAAUGGGUUAAGCCUUCCCCUAUUUCCUCUAGUGGCUGUCUCAUUGACAGCCACUAGAGGCGCUUGCGUGCUUCUCACUGUGGAAAUCACAGUGAGAGCACGCAAGCGUCCAUAGGAAAGCAUUAUGAAUGCUUUCCUAUGUGACCUGCUGAAUGCGCGCGCACAUUCAGCCGACGGGGGGGAGAAGAGGAGCUCUCCGCCCAGCGCUGGAAAAAGGUAAGUUUUUACCCCUUUCCAGAGCCGGGUGGGAGUGGGACCCUGAGGGUGGGGGCACCCUCAGGGCACUAUAGUGCCAGGAAAACGAGUAUGUUUUCCUGGCACUAUAGUGGUCCUUUAACUGAAGACACUUUUGGUCGAAAAGAUGAAUGAAGUCUCAGAACCACUUUGUUCAUAUGGAAGACUAGAUAUGUUUCAGCAUAAAGGAGAGCUUGUCUCCUAGCAGAUGUAAUGGCUACUAGAAAGAUGGUCUUCCAGGUGAGUAUGUUGAUAGUGACUAAAGAUAAUGGUUCACAAAGUGAAUUGAAUAUCAAAUUCAUGUCCCACUGUGGCAUAAUCUCUCUAAUUGUACGAGCUACAGUUGACAACCUGAACUUUUAGUGAUGCAUGUCUUAGACCAGGUGUCAGCAACCUUUCCAUAUGAGGGCCAGAACCAUGUCAUAUAAUGGAUGGCAGACACCAUUUAACUAUAUAGCUACCCUAGUCUUAAAGCUCACUUCCAUUGAUCUUCUUUAGCAGUGUAAUCCCCGGUGUUCUCUCUCAGUGCCAUCCUUCUCUCAAUUCUCACUUCUAUUGCCUUUAGCAAUGAAAUCACCCUCACCCAGUGGCCCCCUUCACUUAAUUUUCAAUACUAUUGUCACAUCUUUAGUGUCCCAUUUGUGCCCCCCUUCUCUCACAUCUCACCACCAUUAUCCUCCCCAUCUGUUUUCACAUCUACUACCCCUUCUUCAGCAGUGUCCACCCAGUGCCCCCAUUAUUCCAAUUGUCACUUCCAUUGCCCUACUUCUUUAACAGUGCCCCCUAGUGUUUUGUCCUUGUCCCAUUUAUUCCCAGUUGUGUGUACACUUAACCGUAGCCUAAUGUAUUUGUCUUUUUUACAACAAUCUACUUUUUAACCUCUGUUUUGCCAUUGAUUUAAUUUGUGUCUCACCAAGAGUCUGGGUGGUGGCUGUAUGUAGUGUGUGCACGCACUGGCUGUUCCAUUUCUUUUAUAUUGAGGUAAAGCUUUCUUACCUUCUGCCAAUUGCUUGUAAAGAUGGUCUUAACUGAGAACUACAUAGUCUUCUUUGUUCAGAGGACAAUUCACACAUGGAAUUCUUUCAGCAGUUCAAUUUCUUAGCCCUUAUUGCCUCCUUGUCUAACCCCAUGGUUGUGGCAAAUCAUUCCACUGUAGCGCCUACCAAAAAUCUGCUGCGAGUCUUUGUUUUGGAGAAGUAUAACAGGUCUUCUGUUUGCUGAUAGAAUACAUUCUCCAAAGAAUCUAGCCACGGUAAUGAGUACUGAACAGACUAAGUUUUGUUUGUCAUUUUGUCCAUGGAAUCUUGCCAGCAUCCCAAAAGGGUAGGGUGAAUUUCUCCCUGAAUUGUGCUAUCAGAAUAUCUGCUUCAGGUAGAUCAUUGAUAUUGUCCUCUUCUGUAAGGGUGAAAAUGUUUGUUGUUGAAUUCAUGUUUGGCUGUAGCUUGUUAUUUUCUGGACAUAGCCUUAUAAAAGUUGGGAUGGAAGGGAAUACCUUGGCUCCUUUACAUUGCUGAUGAAGAUUCAUCAGAGGAGUAAACGGAUUCUGAAUUAGGAGUAGAUCUGUCAAAACUCUCUAAACAGUAAUCCUUUUCUGUAUAACCAUGGAACUGGAUUGUUGAGAAGUUUGCAAAGACUGUAAUGCUGCAGAACAAAUGCCAAGAAAAGUCUGCUGUAGGUUCGUAACUAACUUUUUCUUGGACCCAUCUGGCAACUGAAGAUUGCAUGUAGAACAUGUUAAAGGCUUAGAUUUGCCACAACUUUAUGCUUUUCCAUGCUGGUCAGCCACAUCGAGAAACAAGCAGUAGCCCUUUCGUCAUGAUCAGGAAUACUUCCUGCUCUGCUGAGGACAGGCAGAGAACUUGGUAUUGUGGAGUUUUAUGCUAUAGGGAGGAGAGGCUCAACUUAAAUUCCCGUCAAUUAAUUUUGUAACAAUGUGUUCAUAUUGUCUGUCUAUAUUCUGUUUUCAUAAAUUUUAAGGUGCUCUAGCUUGAGUUCUAUAUGAGAACUGCUUAAUUACACAUUGCCAGUGUUCUUGAAGAACCAACCUAUGUUUACUGCCUCUAUCCACGGGGGGAGGGGAGGGAGUGAGAAUAUGUAUUUCAUGAAUAAACUUUUCUUUCAGAAUAUUGGUGUAUUGCCCAACAAUUAUAUAUACAGCACCUUAAUUCAAGUGGCUUUGAAGCGCUUAGAUUAUGUCUACCUCACAGACAUCAUCCGGGACAUGAAAGUCAGAAACGUUGCCCCCAAUGAAGUGGUGAUUCGGCAGUUGGAGUUUGCAGCUCAGUACCCACCAAAGUUUGACAGAGUACGUAAAAAUGGGCAAUUUUACAUGACAGGAGUCUGUAGUACAACAGAAGAAAUGCUUAUGUGGAAUUGUAAACAAAUAAUUUUGAACAACAGUAAUGGGUUAUGGAUAUUAAACACUAAAUACCUGGUACACAUUCUCUGUGGAGGGAGGGUGCCUACAGCCCCGCCCCAACUAAAAGUAUGGCCUAGGCAGACAGCACAUAUUUUCUUCAUAUCAGCAAUGGGCUUUUGUGGCAAGCUGAAAGCAGUCUGCUACACUCACAAUUACCCCCAUCCUUUGCUUCCUUAUUGGCCUGACCAGCAUAGAUGAGAUCUUCCAUUCAGUGUUAAGCGGUUUUACUACUCCAGAUACUAAAACUACUUCAAUGAGGUGAAGCAGUUACAGGGUCUACAUGGUCUCUUUAAUACCAGUUCACAUCAAAAAACAUGUUACAGUUACUUAUUAAGAACACAAUGCAUUCAUAAAUAUUCCAUGAUCUUUAAAGGGAUACAAAGCUGUAUUCCUGGCACUACCAAUCCUUAUGCCUCCCCCUCGGUAAAUAAAAGGAUUAAAAAAAAAAAAAAAAAACCAACCUUGAUUUAAUUACCUUAUCCCAAGCACCGAUGUCCCUCGGCACUGGGUCGGAGCUCUGCUCCCUCCUCCGCCCUGUGACAAUCAGGAACUAAUGCGCAUGCACAGCAAUAGCUACACACUUAUUAAACCUCCCCAUAGGAAAGCAUUGAAUCAGUGCUUUCCUAUAGGGAAAAAAUCUGAAGCUGGAGGUUCUCAUGCAAAGCAUGAGGAUGUCCAGAGUCAGAUAACGGGCCAAAAGUCUGUUUGGAUUCCGGAAGCCCUCAAGACAGCCACUGAGGGCAGACUUAGUGCUGCAAUGUAAACACUGCAGUUUCCCUGGAAUUGCAAUGUUUUACAUUGCAGCACUAAGUGCAAAAGGGACACAGCACCCAGACCACUUCAGUGAGCUGAAGUGGUCUGGGUGCCUACAGUGUCACUUUAAAUAAAAGUUACUGGUGCAGGGGUUUACUCUUAAACACUUGAUCAUAGGCAUGCAGCAGACUGUUCUAAAACAACUGUGUACCAGUUAAGAUAUUCCUCAACAAUUAUAUUUACUUAUUCCUUUCUAAAUCCUAGUAUCAGGGUAAGAAUGUAUUCCUGGAGAAGAUUGACGGUUUCCGUGGCUAUUAUAAUCGCUGGUUAGGAUGGAUGGCAGCAGAAGAAACACCACAUCCGUGGGAAAAAUACAAGACCAAACGUAAGCUUAAGGAGCAUCUACCAUCCGACAUGGAUUAAUAAAACAAAUUUUUGAUAAUUGCCUGAAGUUAUUUUAAAUUUCUGAAAAUCGAAAAUUAGAAAGACAAUAUAUAUUCUAGUUUUGCCAACAGCAUAAAAUUCAACAUCAAUACAGCAGACGAGCAAUAAAAGCAAUAUUUAUUACACACAAUACAGAUAUACAUUAAGAAAAGAAAUAGAACAGAUUUAUCGUCGGAAAACCAUGCAGCCCCUCUUCAGUGUUAAGUUUUUAUCCAGAGCACCCUCUACAGCCACAGUGUGUGCAUUCAAUAAUCCUCCCCUGCAAAAAAAAAAAAAAAGUUAAAAAAAAAAACCUCAAAGUGUACUUUCG